AUGUCGCCAUUAGUUCUUCUGGUUUGUUCUCGACCAGAAUGUCAGCUCCCGACCAGGGAAAAUCAACGGUGUGCCUUGUCGUUACUGCUUUUCCCCGGCGCUGUGGUUCAUUUUGUUGCCAGUCCCACUGCACCGUUUCCCCCACUUCAUCCCGCAGCUGCUCGAUAUUUUCUAACGUGCUCGCAGACGGCAUGCGUGGUGUUUCUUUUGAAGCGCCCAAAUUUGCCAUCUGAAGAAAGGCAUCCUGACACAAAGUCGUCCGUGCCUCAAGCUCCUCGUUGUAUGUCUGAAGGCAGUGUAGUUCCGUCAUCAGGCUCUGCAGGUGAUCGUUGGCGCGCCCAAGUUGCUGCUGCAGCUCUACACGGAGGGCACCCGCCUCCGUCUCAAUGGACGCCGCUUCAGUCUCCGUAA